GCAAACCAGACCAUGGAAUCAUAUGUUUGAAAAUUGAGCUUUACAAACUUUAAAGUGUGAUAAUGACGCCUUUGGGUUAACUGUGAUUGAAAAGAAGAUGUUAAUUAAGUUGUGAUAUUUUGUUUUAACCGCUGUUGUUUUCAUUUAGAUGUCUUAUCGCAGAAUUAGUAUUCGUAUCUUCAAUUAGCUAUUAUUAUCGAUUCAUCACUAUUUAUCAUCGCGAAUGAUAACAAUUACAAGUGUUUGUUUCAUAACGAAUACCUGGUAAUGUCAAUCGAUUUCUUAGAAAAAUACGAAAAACUUUCGCUGUCACAAGUGCUUUAUCUACGAAUUUUAAACUGAUAAGUGAAAAUAUUCUCGUCACACUUGACUGAGUUGUGUAUUUAGUUGGCAUUCAAUUCGCAUGAAUAACGCUGAGUUUAAAAUUAUUUAGAGAACAAUGAAAGUAUUAUUAAUCGGUCUGUUUUUCUGUGUUUUAAUUGCAAGUAUUGUAAAUGGUGAACAAUUAACAGAAAAGGAGAAGAAAAGCGAGAAAAAUGUUAUCAAAUAUUUGAGAUCUUUUGGUUAUCUUCCAGAAAAUAAUAAUAGAACGAAAAUAAGUCACAAGCAAUUACGACAUAGUCUGAGGCAACUGCAAGUUGACGGUCACAUUGCAGUUACUGGGAAGAUUGACGAUGCCACACUAAAACUUAUGAAAGUUCCACGAUGCGGUUUUCGCGAUAUUAAACAUCGCACCCAUAAACGACAAAAAAGAUAUGAUUUGCUAUCUUCUAAAUGGGAUAAGCGCAAUAUUGGUUGGCAUUUCGACCAUAAAAAUGGAAAAUAUGCAAGUGAAGCUUCAAAAAUUCGUUUCAUCAUUUCAGAAGCUUUAAAUAUUUGGCAAGAAAAUUCAGUUCUGAUAUUUCACGAGGUCACAGAACGAAGCGAUGCUGACAUUUUGAUAUCAUUUGAGAAGAUAGAACAUUACGAUGUUGACGGAUAUCCAAUGAACGAUCCCAUUCUAGCACAUGCUUUUCGACCAGGUUUAACAAUUGGUGGCGAUGUUCAUUUUCGAGAAGACCUUGAAUGGGAUUUUGAUGUGAUUUACGGACAACAAGCGACUGGUAAUCGACUGAGCUUCUUCGCUGUUGCUUUACAUGAGUUGGGACAUACACUUGGUCUUGGACAUUCAGAUCGACAUGAAGCUGUGAUGUACGAAUUUUAUACAGUUACUACUGGAGUGCUUUCUAAAGACGACAUCGAAGGUAUCCAUCAUAUCUACGGUGUUCCCAAAGAUUAUCAAUAUCCAACCACUUCAGCUCCAACAACGGAAAUUGCUCAACCUUCACCCACAAUUCCCGAUAAAUGCGAUAUGUCUUAUGACGCAAUCGCUAAAAUUCGUAAUGAACUUUUCAUAUUUAAAGAUAUUUAUUAUUGGCGACCAGAUUCAAGUCCUGAUGCAAUUGAAAUACGACAAAUGUGGCCAGAACUUCCCGAAAAUUUGACACACGUUGAUUCGGUGUUUGAGAAUGUUGAUGGAGAUGGAAACAUUUUAUUUUUCAUUGGUCGUGACAUUUAUGCUUUUAAUGCAACGAAAUUUGUUUACAAAUCUACUUUAAUGCACCUUGGGAUUGAUCGGCACUUUGAGAAGAUUGACGCGAUUUUCAAAUGGUAUUAUAACAAUCGAACUUACAUGUUUAGUGGUGAUGAAUACUUUCGAUUAGAUGGUAGAAUGGUGAGCCGUCGAUACCCAAAAGAUAUUUUAAGAUCAUGGAGAGAAGUUUACGAUAUUGAUACAGCAUUUGGCGACGAUAAGAAGCUUUAUUUCUUUAAAGGAAAAUAUUUCUAUGAGUUCAAACAUGGACCGAUGAGAAUUGAUAGAAUGCAACCAAUACCAUCAGCCCAAAAUUUCAUGCAGUGUCCGGGCAACAAAAGAUUGACGAAGAUAUUAAGUCGCUUUGGCGACGAGACAGAUGUCAUAGAUGAUGGGGAAGUAGUAGAAAUCCAAAAUGAUGAAGACAAUGUUGAAAAGGUCAUAGAGACAACUUUGACGCCGACGACCACAACUGUUUCGUCUGAGAAAACAACAAGCACUUCGAAACCUGACAAGAAAGACGCUGCUAUCGUUCAUCAUCCCUUCAUUGCCAUUAUGUUGGCAUCAUUAGCCAUCUCCUGGGUGGUUCCAUCGAUUUCACUUCAUUUGUAAACGAGAAGAAAAUAAAAUUCAAUACUAAAUUAAAUAA